AUGUUGUGGCUAUUUCUACUAGCACAAGUGAUAUCGCUCACGGCUGGCUCAGAUUUGUACAAACUGUGGGUCUACUAUGACGGAAACUCAUGCAAAGGCACGCCGUACAACAUGCACACCGACAGUGAUGUCAGCUGCACCAUGUAUUCAUGCUUUGAGGACGGGAAUUUGGGUACUACUCGAGUUGGCGUGGCCUCGAUCGAGUGUACUUCAGACUACAUGACCAGCAUGAAAAGCUACUUCGGUAAUUCGCCAUUUAUUGUGGUGGAAACCUUUGAAGACUGGAACUGCGAGACUCUGAAGUAUGCCGAAGCUUACUUUGCGUCGAAUAACUGCGAGGGGUCUCCAAACCUAAAUGCGAGUGAAGUUGCCCAUGUUAUUGCCAGACUGGAAUCUGAUGGAUCGGCGGUGCUCGAUUACUAUUAUGAUUCAGUGUGUGAUGACUCAGAGCUGUAUGGUACCUAUUCUGCCGACAAAUACACCCUUGCAACGCACCAGUGUGAUGAUUCAUGGACCAAAUGGUACUAUUUCGAUGGAGACGAUGAGUUAGAUUUGAGUGGAAAUGAAGAAACUUCGUCCAACCAGAGCAACGGCAUCAGUACGCCAACCAUCGUUGCUAUGAUCGUGGGAGUUUUCCUAUUGCUCGUUCUCAUCACCCUCGUGAUUUGCUGCUGCAGGCGAAAGUCGAAUGUGAAGCAAACAGAGACGCAGCAACAACCCACCGCCAGUCUUCAGUCUGGAAACACUGCUUCACUCGAUGUCGCUAUGCAUGGCCAGGUCGGUUUGUGGGACGACGACGUCAUCACUGCCAACCGCAUUCCUCGAGACAAAGUUCGUGUGAAAAAACUCUUGAGUCGUGGCGCAUUUGGUGAGGUUUAUGACGGCGUUUUCAAUGGGAAUCGGGUCGCAGUCAAGAUGCUGCUGCCUCACACACGUGGAAACCUAAAGCAAGUCAACGAUUUCCUGGCUGAAGCCAAAAUGACAGCAACGAUGGAUCACGCACAUAUUGUCGCCUUCGUUGGAGUGGCAUGGGAUGCGCUCUCCGAUGUCUGCGUCGUGCUGGAGUACAUGGAUGGUGGGGAUCUGCGAUCUUUGCUGAGCAAGUACGAAGAAUCGCAUCAUCCUACGGGCUUUGACAGUCAGAAGACCACUAUUGCCCUGCAUAUUUGCCAUGCUUUGACCUACUUACACUCGCUUAUGCCUCCGGUCAUCCACCGAGAUCUCAAGUCUCGGAACAUCCUCUUAAAUCAAGCUAUGGAAGCCAAACUUACUGACUUUGGCAUCUCGAGAGAGCGACUUGACCAAACGAUGACAGCAGGUGUGGGGACUUCCUUGUGGAUGGCACCUGAGGUGAUGCUCGGCGAGAGAUACGACGUGAAGGCAGACUUGUUCUCGUUUGGGGUGGUGCUAUCGGAGCUGGAUUUGCAUACGUUGCCAUACGCACGAGCCAAAGAUCAGACUCGAGACGCAAACGGAAGAAAAUUACCCGAUGCAGCAAUUCUGCAGCAGGUGACGAUGGGGAUCGUGCAAGUGGAAUUCUCACGAACAAGCUCUGCUAGUAUAGUGGACCUAGGACGAGCUUGUGUCUCGUUGAAUCCAAAUGACCGGCCGACAGCAGCUGAGGCGCUUUAUCGACUGCAAGUUAUCCUGACAAAGGAGAUGUCGUGA